CGAAUCAUUUCAGUUGCUGCAGCAAGAAAUGGCGGCCGCAUCCAGCUCGGUGGUGAAAACGCAGUUUCCCGGUCGUCCAUCAGAGUUAACCCUUUGUGCAGGGGGGUGGUGGUGUUGGUCUGCGGAGCUCGUUCCGGGUGAAAAUCGGUCCUUUUCCGGCCCCAAACAGACAACUUCCGGCGGCGGACGGGGCUUCUAGUGGGGUGGCCACACUUUCCCGACCCCCGGGAGUGAGAAUCCCCUGGAAAAGUGUGUGAAAAGUGGAGUGGAUUUUUCCUUUCGGUGGAUGGAAAAUUUUGUUACAUAAGUGGUUCGUGUGCAACCUGUCCCUGGAGACGGUUCUGGCCAGGGGGAAGGAAUUUAUGUGGCCGUAUUUCCACGAGAAUUAACGAUAAGUGUUUGUUCCAAGUAUUUUAGUGUUGAUCCAACCAAAAAGUACUAAAAAUGUGAAACUUUGGUGGUCUAAAAAGUGUGCAAGUGUGGAUGAUCAAGAGGAAAAUCGCUGGCACAAAGCGUUAGCACAAACAAAAAAAAAAGGGAAAACUGAAAAUUCUGGAGAUUAUAUAAUUUUCCAAAUUUCCCGGAAUAAUUUCCCCACAUUUGCGCUGCUGUUCAAGGUUGCAGCGAGAGCAAACAUCACACCACACAUGCUCUAGAAAGAUACACGACUGAAGCAACUUAAACUAAAUAACACAAGCCCCAUCAGCCAAAGUGGUUCUCGUCUAUCAUCCGAGCCAAAGAAAAAUAUCAGAAAAAAGUCAACAUAAAACGCAAGUAAAUAUUUGUCGCGCGCGCGGAGAUACAAAUUUCGGACGAAACGCACAAUACUCCGCACACAAAGAGAAAAACGCCCACGCGCACACCACACACAAACACACAAACGCAACCGGAAUGUCCGCUCAAUGAAAGGUGGCAGAUCGUCGGUUGCUCGCGGACCCUUGCCGGAAGUGUCGUCGUCCACGAUGGAGCAACAUUGGAGCAGAAUCUCCCGGACGGCGGCCACCGUGCUCGAGCAGGAGGUGAACCUGUCACGGCGGGCCUGCCGGGUCGUGCCGGAACCGGUUCCAACGAAUGGUGCUAAACCGGAACAGGAAGAAUCCGGCGUAAAUAGUGAGGAGGGUUGUGUUGGGGAUGCUAGGGCCAGGUUCCUUAGGAACGAAGAAGAGGAAGAAGAAGUUGGGAAGAAGCAGAAUUCCAGUGGCCACGUUCAGUUGAGUUGUUCCGUUGUUGUUGGUUUGAUUGGUCAAGUUUUCCUGUUAGUUAAGGCACUACUAGUGAUGGGUUAUGUUGGUGGGUCCCGGAAGGGUCGUCCCGUCGGAAGCAGUAGUUUUAGCAAGUACCUAGUGAAGUUGGGCAUCUGUGUGGCUGUGGUAACCGUGCUGUUGGCCGAGGGCGGUGGAUUUGUGUUAGCUAGACCCAAUCGUAGCAAUGUGCUGGCAGGAGGUAGCGGCAGCGAGGAGGCGGCGAUGUCGUCGGAACAGCUGGUGGCCACGCCGGGGCUGGCCGGCUUCGGUUCCCUGGGGCCAAGCGAGAGUCAAUUAAAACGAUCCGCCGAGCUGGCCUCGAUAGUGUCCUCGACGGUGCCAUCGGACGGAGCAGGAGGAGGCAGUGGUUCCUCGCGGCAGGAUGGUGAAACUGGCCACGACGAGGAUGGCCAUGCCACUGGAGGGCACGAGGUGGAACGAUAUCCAGUGGCGCAGGUGGAAUUUUCCCGCGUCGAGACGCCCUUCGUGAUUGGCGUGUGGAUCCUGUCGGCCAGUAUAGCGAAAAUCGGUUUCCACAUGACGCCCAAGCUGAGCAAAAUGUUCCCCGAGUCCUGCCUGCUGAUUGUGGUGGGUGUCAUCAUCGGGGUGCUGCUGAGGUACGCCACCAACCUGCACGUGUCCCCGCUCACGCCGAACACGUUCUUCUUCUAUAUGCUGCCGCCGAUCAUCCUCGAUGCCGGGUACUUUAUGCCCAACCGGAUGUUCUUCGACAACAUUGGCACGAUCCUGCUGAUGGCGGUGGUCGGAACGAUAUUUAACAUCUCCACCAUCGGCUUCUCCCUGUGGGGGUGCGGCCUCACCGGAAUCUUCGGGGUGGACCUGCCGUUCCUGCACGUGUUCCUAUUUUCGUCGCUCAUCUCGGCCGUCGAUCCGGUCGCGGUGCUGGCCGUGUUCGAGGAGAUCCACGUCAACGAGGUGCUGUACAUCGUCGUGUUUGGCGAGUCGCUGCUCAACGAUGCCGUCACGGUCGUGAUGUACCACAUGUUCGAGUCGUACAACGAGAUUGGCACCUCCAACAUCGAGGUGAUCGAUAUCGUAUCCGGCGUGGCGUCGUUUUUCGUGGUCGCCCUUGGCGGCACGAUCAUCGGUGUCAUCUGGGGAUUCCUGACCGGGCUGGUCACGCGCUUCACCGAUCACGUGCGCGUCAUCGAGCCGAUCUUCAUCUUCGUAAUGGCCUACCUGGCGUAUCUCAACGCGGAGAUAUUCCACAUGAGUGGCAUUCUGGCCAUCACCUUCUGCGGCAUCACGAUGAAGAACUACGUCGAGCAGAACGUGUCGCACAAAUCGCACACCACCAUCAAGUACGCGCUGAAAAUGCUGUCCUCGUCGUCCGAAACCAUCAUCUUCAUGUUCCUGGGCGUGGCCACGGUCAACAACCGGCACAUCUGGAACACCUGGUUCGUCCUGCUGACAAUAGUAUUCUGUUCCGUGUUUAGGAUCAUAGGUGUUUUAAUUCUAUCAGCGAUGGCAAAUCGAUUUAGGAUACAUAAAUUAUCUAAAGUAGAUCAAUUUGUUAUGUCUUACGGAGGCCUUCGCGGUGCGGUCGCCUUCGCCCUGGUGCUCCUCGUCUCGCCGGACCACAUUCCGCUGCAGCCGAUGUUCGUGACGACCACCAUCGCGGUUAUCUACUUCACCGUGUUCCUGCAGGGCAUCACCAUCAAGCCGCUGGUGCGGGUGCUGAACGUGAAGCGCGCCAACAAGCGUAAGCCCACGAUGAACGAGCGGAUCCACGAGAGGUUUAUGGAUCACAUGAUGGCCGGCAUCGAGGACAUCGUCGGCAAAACGGGCAAUUACAAUAUUAGGGAUAAGUUUAAGAGAUUUGACAAUAGGUUCAUUCGUCCAUACCUGAUUAAGAAUUUACAGGGUCCCGAGCCGAAGAUUCUGGAAACGUACUCGAAGCUGACGAUGCGCGACGCGAUGGACUACAUGCGCCGGAACCCGUCCACGAUCGGCCAGAUGUCCGGCACCGAGUCGAUGAGCGCCCUGUUCCGCAACUACACCGGCGUCUUCGGUGGCAGGUGCGGGGCCUCGUUUCUGGGCACAUGCCCUAGUUUCUCGAAUCUGGAGAACUCAACGCGUAAUCUGGACAUGCAGGAGCUGGACUACAAUCCGUCGAAGAAAGACUUGACCGACGCAAAGAUUCACCAUUUGCUAUCGGUGGAACUGAAACCGUACCGAAGGGCAUCAACGCAUAUGCAUGAUAACAAGCAUCGAAGACUGAGCUACAGUCGGCACGCAGUCGACGACAGAGAUCUUACGACUCAGCAAGUAAACUACAAAAUGCAAAUGAACAUCCGGCGGAUGAUCAGCGAGAAGAAGCAUCACAAGCGAAGUAAACGAGUAAAGGACGGCAAGCAGCAGAACCACGUCUCGUUCCCGGAGUUCGCGCAGAACGGGUCGGCCAAACAGUUUGCGCACGACUACAUCAACGAAGUUCUGCACGAGGACAACGAGGACGAGGAGAGGCUAGCGGCGGGACCGGCCGAUGAUUGGGACGGUGGUGGUCUGACGUUCACCGCCAAAUCGUCACCUGAAUCCCCGGCCAGUGGCCGCCUGAAGUCCGCGACUACCCCGACCGACCGGGGUAGCACAGGUGCCAACAUCGGUGGCGGUUCCGCGACGAGCGCCGCCGGAACCGGUUCCGCCGAAGGUAACGGCCAAGGUGCGGCCGCGGCUGCUUCCGGCAAGCCCAAUAACAGCUCACUGAUCGCCCAAAUCACGAGCCUGCCCGGGUUCGAUCCGACGAAGGCCCGAAUCGUCAAGCACGUUUCGAGCAAGUUUUCCUCCUCUUCCUCGAACACCAACAUCAACAACGGCGGCGGUGGUGGUGGCUCCGGGGAUCAGGUCACCUUCUCCGGGGCCCGCACUCCCUCCGAACGGCCGGAACGUCUGCUACCGACGGCGGCCGAGUCGUUUCUGCCCUGGCGCAGGGACAGGUCGUACCAGAGCUUCGUUGACGAGAAUGGUGAGCCCACCAAAAUCGACAAACGCUUCUCCAGAGAGUCGAGAGAUUCUGAAGCGGAAACCCGCGUCCAGACGCCCACCGCCAUCGAGGCCGUGCUGCCAUGGAAGCGGGCCGACCAGGACGACGAAAACGGUGCUAUCAAACAGAACGAGUUCCCCUCGUGGGCCUCAAACAAGGAGUAUUUAGCUUAUAAUUCACCAAGUGCAACAUUUUUAGGUGGCCUAACCCAACCUAAACAGGCCAAGUCUGUAAUAGGUCUGUUCCGGCGGGAGAGUUCCGGCUCGGGUGGCAUCGUGAUCGGCGGGGUGACCGACUCGGAGACGUCGACCCCGGUCACCGCCACGACGCCCAUCGGCCGCGUCAAGAAGGACAAACGGUCCGCGUCGAUUGCCGGCUACAUCACGGUCGAUUCCGGCGGCGCCGGGUCGGACGCGCUUAACGGGGACCCGCUGGGAGUGUCGCGGGCUGCCGUGCCGCACGCCAAUGCCUUCCCCGUUACGGCCAGCCACCGGCGGAACAACCGGCGGGGCUCGAUGCUGGAACUGAGCGGGUACAACACAUCCGACUAUGUCGAUUUUACUAUUGUCUCCCAUCGUCGCUUGUCGAUGAAAUGCUGGUACUUGUUGAUAACUUUUUUUUUAACCUUCAAUCAAAACACUCUCAUCACUAAUCUCCUUCAAAACGAAAUUAAAAUUAUCGUACCACAAUUCGGCACAGCUCCAGCAGAGGAGAGCCCUCCUCAAAAUUCUGCAACUAAUCUCCUCUUCGCUCCGGAGGGGAACCACACCGUGGAGGCACAGACAAACAGACGAGGCGCUUCGAGUUCUUAGGCAUGGAUCAGUACAAACGGCCAAUUUGAAUUUGCAUUAGUUCACUUUUUGUCCACUCCUACAAGUGGUAGCGCUGUUUUGAUAUUUAAUUUUUAAUCAGUUCAUUUUAAACCUGACGGUCUGACAUUCACAUUCAUUGCAAACAUUUACCAACAUAUUUUUUUUUUCAAAAACUAUAGAAACAAAUGGUGCGUAAAUAGAAAAAAAAUAUUUUUCGGGAUUUUUUUCCUGAUCUGAUUGAUUUGGUGUCUUUGGUAAAGUUGUAGUUAUUCAAAAGGUCUAUUCAGAAGAAAUUGUUUGAAAAAUUGCCAAAAAAUAACUUCAUCAACUUUGUAGUUUUUGACAAGAAUUAUUCAGAACACGUUACUUAAUCCACCUUUAGGUGGUUGGUGCCUUCCUCAUAUUCAUAAAGUAAAUACAUUCAGUAAAAAUAGCAACAUUCCCCCUUGACA